CUCGAGUCUCGAUAGGGUUUGAAUCAAGCAAGGAAGGAAUGGGGAAUGAAGGAAGCGAAAGAAGUCUGGAGCCAUGGAAUAGGUUGGAUGGAAAGGUGGUGAUGGUGACUGGGGCAUCUUCAGGGUUAGGGAGAGAAUUCUGCUUGAAUCUCGCCAGGGCAGGUUGCAACAUUAUCGCCGCUGCUCGUAGAAAGGAUCGAUUAAAGUCUCUCUGCGACGAAAUCAACCAAAAGUCGAAAGCUUCAAUUUCAUCUUCAUCGUGUGAUGUCAAAUCCAAUUCCCCUACAGGAACCCUAGCUGUUGCAGUAGAGCUCGACCUGAGCGCUGCGGGACCUGUGAUCGACGCCUCUGUUCAGAUUGCCUGGAAUGUGUUCGGCCGGAUCGAUGCCUUGGUUAACGCUGCCGGAGUUAGAGGUACAGUGAAAUCCCCUAUAGAUUUGUCUGAAGAGGAAUGGAAUAGUACUUUGAAAACCAACCUAACGGGUUCCUGGCUAUUAACCAAGUCAGUCUGUCGUCGCAUCAAUGAAAAUGGUCUAAAAGGAUCAGUUAUGUUUAUUACAUCUAUUGGUGGAAUCCAGCGUGGGGAGUUACCCGGAGCUACUGCCUAUGUUGCCUCAAAGGCUGGUAUAAAUGCCAUGACCAAGAUCAUGGCUAUAGAGUUGGGGCCACUCAACAUAAGAGUGAACUCAAUAGCACCUGGGUUGUUCAAGUCGGAGAUAACAGAAGGACUUAUGCAGAAAGAUUGGCUCAACAAUGUAGCUUUGAGGACUGUUCCUCUAAGAAAAUUUGGCACAAUUGACCCGGCAUUGACUUCACUUAUCCGUUUUCUGAUCCAUGACUCCUCAGGCUACGUUUCAGGCAAUGUGUUCAUCGUUGACUCAGGAAACACCCUACCGGGUUUCCCCAUUUUCUCUUCCCUUUAGACUCUCUAUACACACACAAAUGAAAAU